CGGGGUGGGGUUGUUGAGAAAAAAGUUUUCCACCUUGAAGUGGUCAGAAGCUGGCAGCGAGUGCUGGCAGUGCGUAUUGAAAGAUUGUUGGCAGAAGCAAGAUGCUGAAAAGAAGGUGAUCCGAAACGCAAGCUCCCGAAUAAACUGGCAAUCAAACCAACCGUAUCGGAGUGUCGCUGCUGGGCUGUAAUAUAAUUUGCCAGAGUCGCCAAUGAACAUGGUACGUCAUCGUACAAUGUUGAGCGAUGCGGACUUCCACAACGAGGCCAGUGAUACAGACGACAGACGGAUUGGUCAAUCCGCCAUGGCCAACGGAAGCUCGAUACGGAACCUCUGCGACGAGGACAAAAUCGAGGUACUGCAGCAUGCUGACACGGUUGAAGAGUUGACCGACGGUGGAGAAACGGCGCGUUUCAGUGGACCUAGUUAUGGCAAGCAAACGGUCGGCGGAAGCGUAUUGGAGGAUCGAUUUCAGGUCGGUGCGCGGGAAAGCAACCAGCGGCCAGUGGGAACAAAUAUAAGCUUUUCGCAAAGCUUCCGGCGUUGGUCGAGCAACUUUGGACGGAGCGUAAAGAACAACAAGCGUACUGUUUACAACAAAACUCUUCGCCUGAUGCCUUCCCGGAUUCAGAAAACGUUCUCUGUUGACGGGGAUCUGAUCACGACUAGCGUCUUCGACGUGGACCACAUCACGAAGGAGCUCGGGCAGCGAGAGCAGCUGAUGGAGGAUAAUCCGGUGGCGGAGCAGCUACGCAUCGAGGCGAUCAAAUCAAUCGCACAGAAAAUUUCCACCAAGCGCCAGAUCCGGGAGCACUUAGCGCAGACCGUCCAUCGGCGAGCGACGACCCGCGCCAAAUCGAUCGGGCUGCUGCGUCGCUACCGGUACAGCGGCAAGCUGUACCUCGCCCGUGCCGCCAAGCUGGCCAAGCGAUUCGUCACCAACUUCGAGCUCUUCUACGGCAGCAUGAAGCAGAUCGAGGGCCACUUUGGUAGCCGGAUCAGCGCUUACUUCAAGUUUCUGCGCCGACUGCUGGUGCUGAACUGUGUGCUGCUGCUGUUUAUCGUUUCGUUCGUGACCUUCCCGCAGCUGCUGGCGGGGCACGACGAUUCGGUACUGCCGCUGCGCAACGGCCGCAUGCAGUUCCACCUGAGUGAUCUGAUCACCGGUGAGGGCUACUUUACCAACUCGGUACUAUACUAUGGCUCGUACAGCAAUCAGUCGUUCACGCUGGUGCCGGGAACGGCCGAAUAUAGUUUGCCGCACGCCUACUUCCUCACGAUCACACUGCUGGUGCUGGCGACGUUCGUCGUGAUUUCGGUCAGCAUGGGCCGCUCCUACCGAAUCAGCUUUAUCGAGUCGAGCGCGACGGUGCAGAACCUCCUCACGCACAAGAUUGUCUGCUCGUGGGACUACGGCAUUGCAAACCCGAAGGCUGCCCGGCUCAAGCACGCCAGCAUUCUGCAUGAGCUGCGCGCCUAUCUGGACGAUCGGCAGAGGGAACCGCCGGCGGAGGGCCGACUACUCCGACUGCGUAGCACCGCCCUGCACGCCCUGGCCCAUCUCAUCGUGCUGGCCCUCAUAAGUGCCGUCGGAGCAGCGCUUUGGGCGCUGUUGGUCCGCUUCGGCGAGACGGAGCAUUUCAGUGACUGGUCCGCGCUGUACGUAGCGCUCGUUUCGAACGGCACAAUGCUGGCGUUCGGGUACGCCUGCCAGCUGCUCGGUCGCCUCGAGCAGUACCGGCAGGUGGCGACACAGCUGAACAUUAACCUGUUACGGCACUUCCUGCUGCAGACCACCAUCGUGGGUGUAUUGCUGGCGUUCUGGUUGACGCGCGAACAUUCCGACGGCUGCUGGGAGACGGGCAUCGGUCAGGAGUUGUACCGGUUGAUAGUGGUCGACUUUCUCGUCUCUACGCUGCUGCUCACGGCGCUUCGAGCCCUUCGGUACGUGCUGCACACUCACUACGGGUCAAUCGGUCCACUGGAUCGCCUUUCGCCGCCUCCGUUCUGCAUCGAAACGCACAGCCUCCGGCUGGUCUACAAUCAAACACUGCUCUGGUUUGGCGUCCUCUUCGCACCCCUACUAGUGUCACUCAUUGCGCUCAAGUUUCUGAUCGUGUUUUACGUGAACAAGUUCGAGCUGAUCUACCUUUGCCAGCCGCCGGUGCGUCUCUGGCGCUCUAGCCAAACGCAAACGCUCCUGCUGGUGCUCGUGUUCGUGUCGCUGUUCGGUGUACUGCUCACGCACGGCUACAUCAUCACGCAGGUGCCGGUCAGCACCGGUUGUGGUCCGUUCCGUGGCACCGAGUACAUGUACCAGCUGUUCAUGCAGGGCAUCUUGAAGCUGCGCGAAGAGCACCUGUUCUGGCGUAUAUUCGUCUACGUCACCAAGCCCGCCAUCAUCGGUGGCGUACUGCUGACGAUGGGUGUUGCGGCGUACUACCUGCGCGCCAAGUCCCGGGCCCAGAUUGCCAAGGUGCGACUGCUGAAGGAGCUCCUCGGCAUGGAGGCAAAAGACAAAGAGUUCCUGCUGGCGAACCUGAGCAAGCUGACGCGCGGCAACGAUUGUCCGGCGGAGCAGCUCGAACGUAUCGAGCUGCUUGGUGUGGGCGGACGUUUAACCGGGGAGCAGACCGAUCGAUACUAUAUAGAACAGUGCGCCACUUGGCGAUAUGAGGAAGCAUCGCCUAGGAAACACACGCCGCCGCCGACGCCUUCUCCUCAAACGGAUGGCCCAACGGACGAAGCUGGUGGCUGCUCGGCGGGUUAUCAUCGGUUCGAGGACGACGAACAGCUGCGUUUGAGGAAGAUUUAAGAAAGCAAAAACGGCAGAAUCGGAUUCCAACCCGGAAAGGCUGCCCUUCUACCUGCUCCACCAUGCUUCCUUGACGAUCUCCAGCUUUCCAGGGAGCUCAGCGUGUUCGCAAGUUAAUCAAUGUAUACUAAUUUCUAUGUCUACUAAUCUAUAUUUAUUCAAUUUUACCGAGAAGGUGUCGGGAAACCGGCACCGUUGACCAUUGGGAGCCAAGCUCUAAAAUUGUGUACAGCUGUUCUUACAAAACAUGCUUCUAUUUUAAUAUAUAAACGAAUGCAAAUAUACAUAUUCAGUUCUAAACUAACAUAACCCGGCGGAAAGGUAUGUCAGAAUGGAGUCCGAAAUAGCCCUCUACUUGAUUACGGU